GUCCUGAUAAAAUACCUCUCAGGGAAGAAUUUGAACAGAUCAUGCUGAAGGCUAUGCAGGAAUUUGCUCUAAGAGAGCAGACCUUACAAAUGAGCGCACAGUGCAUCUCUUUGUCGCCAGCUCAACUCCCAUGGCUUGCCAGAUUAAUUGCCAGCGUCUCCCAGGACUUGGUGCAUGUGGUGAUCACUCAGAAUUCUCUAGCUGAAGGCAUUUCAGAAACGCUGCGAUCUCUGAGUGAAAUGAAGUGCCCACAGAGGCUGCCAGAUUAUGUUGUCACCAUCUGCACAUCGAAGAUAAGAGGAAAUGAGUUCUGUGUCAUGGUUCUAGGUCAGUAUCAGUCGAGAGCAUUGGCAGAGAGCAUGCUUACCACCAGUGAGUUUUUAAAGGAGAUCAGUUAUGAGCUUAUUACUGGGAAAGUUAGUUUCUUGGCAUCACAUUUCAAAAACACAUCUUUAGGUGAUGAAUUGGACAAGUUGCUAGAGACAAUGCAGCAGAGACGAGGAGAUAAUGUUGUAAUCCCAUUCAAUGGAGAUGUUAAUGAAUGUGUGUCAUCUCAAGAAGCGGCUGCCAUGGUUUCCUCCCAGGAAUUGGAUUUGGACAGUGAAACCUUCCAAAUUUAUCAGCCACAGCUCACAAUUGCCAGAAAGCUCUUGUCACAAGUGUGUGCCAUAGCAGACAGUGGAAACCAAAGCCUAGAUCUGGGCCAUUUCAGCAAAGUAGAUUUCAUUGUGGUGGUCCCCCGUUCAGAAGUGCUGGUCCAACAAACCCUUCAACGGAUUCGACAAUCAGGUGUUCUUGUAGACUUGGGCCUUGAAGAAAAUGGAACAGCUUACCAGAAAGCUGAAAAAUAUGUGGUGCGGCUAGACAAUGAAAUUCAAACCAAAUUUGACGUUUUCAUGAGGCGGGUGAAGCAGAAUCCAUACACACUCUUUGUGUUGGUACAUGACAAUGCCCAUGUGGACUUCACAAGUAGCUUCUCAAACUCUGUGUCCCAUGGAGAGCCAAGCAACGGACUUGCGGAUAGAGUGAUAAACUGCAGAGAGGUUCUUGAAGCUUUCAAUCUCCUUGUCCUUCAAGUGAGUUCUUUCCCUUAUACUCUUCAAACUCAGCAGUCCAGAAUCAGCUCUGCCAAUGAGGUGCACUGGAUACAGUUUGGCAACAUGCAGGAAGAACUAAGCCAAGAUGAAAAAUUCUAUUUUGGUCUGAAUGAAUACAGCAAAUCCCUGCAGUGGGGAAUCACAAGUCCGCUUCUGAGAUGUGACGAAACCUUUGAAAAAAUGGUGAAUACACUCUUAGAGAGGUAUCCUCGGCUGCACAGUAUGGUGAUUCGCUGCUAUCUCCUUAUUCAGCAGUAUUUGGAAGCACUGAUGGCUCUUACCACUAUGGCCUCACUCAGAGACCACAGCACACCUGAGACUCUCAGUAUUAUGGAUGAUAUCAUCACUGCACCUGGCAAGGAUAAAAACGGCCGUGGCCACAUGCUGGUUAUUAGGAUUCCUUCUGUGCAGCUGGCAAUGCUGGCAAAAGAGAGGUUGCAGGAAGCACGUGAUAAACUUGGCCUCCAGUAUCGUUUUGAGAUCAUUUUGGGGAACCCAGCUUCAGAAAUUACUGUUGCCAAGCACUUUGUGAAGAGGUUAAAGGCAUGGAGAGGAGAUGAGCGAGAGGAUUGGUUUCCUCAUACUUACCAAGAUUUGGAAGGUCUGCCUUGUAUUGUGGUUCUAACUGGCAAGGAUCCGUUAGGAGAAACAUUCCCCAGGUCUUUGAAAUACUGUGAUCUUCGGCUAAUAGACUCAAGCUAUUUAACUCGCACUGCCUUAGAACAAGAAGUAGGCCUGGCAUGCUGUUAUGUUUCAAAGGAAGCAAUCCGAGGACCUAUUGUGGCCCUUGACCUUAGUGGGAAGGAGCAAGAGAAGGCCGGUGUCAGUGAGAACGAUGCUGAGGAGCUGUUGAUUGACUUGGAGAGACCCCAGAGUAACAGCAGUGCUGUGACCGGAACUUCAGGUUCCAUAGCAGAAAAUGGUGUGAGCUCUUCCAGUACCGCUGACAAGUCCCAGAAGCCGCCAUCAUCCCUAAAUUUCCAAAAUGUGGCCAAUAGCUCGGUCGAUGAAGGCUUUGCUGCUACAGAGAACUUGAAACAAGAAUGUGACUCUUUAGGCAACCAGAUAGCAAGCAGUACCACUUCAAAAUUGUCAGCAGCCUCCCCUUCUGUCAGCCAGACAUUCCAGUGGUCUAGCCAGUCUGUGAAAGAACACAAGAAUUUGCAUGUGGCCUUACCUCGAAUUGUGAUCCUGUCUAAAGCUGCCUAUUGCCUCCUUGGCUCACAGAAAAGUGGGCACCCGCCUUUCUCUUCUUCUUCUCUCUUGCCUCAUGCCGAUGUGUCUUGGGUGAGUUCUUUAAGGCCUUUGAUGCAUAAAGAUACGACUAGUGAAGAGCAGUCAUUGUACUACAGGCAGUGGACUUCAGCACGGUUACACCAUGCGGACCACAAUAACCACAAUGAAACUGCUAGUGGUACCAGAGGCUUUCACCCACGACGAUUGCUUCUGACAGGACCUCCACAGGUUGGGAAAACUGGCUCUUAUUUGCAGUUCCUACGAAUUCUUUUUCGCAUGUUGAUCAGAUUGUUGGAGGUGGAUGUAUAUGAUGAAGAAGAGAUUAAUAUCGGUCAUACAGAGGACAACAAAAUUGCCCAGUCUAGCACUGAUCAGUGGCCUGAUGUUGAAAUCAUCAGUAAAAUGAUUUUUGACCUCAGAGUACAUGAUCCUAAAUACACCCUUAUGAGCCCAAUUUAUACUGAGCAACUGCAAAAAAUAAAGCAAGAACCAAGCAAAGACAUCAAAGCUGAGGAACCCAGAAAACGGGAAACUGUGUCUAUGAUGCUGACAAAAUAUGCAGCUUACAAUACUUUCCAUCACUGUGAACAGUGCCAUCAAUAUAUGGACAUAAAUCCUUCAGCACCGAUGCCUGACUCCACCCUACAUGCAUUUACAUUCUCAUCAUCGAUGUUGGGAGAAGAAAUUCAGCUUCAUUUUAUAAUCCCGAAAUCCAAAGAGAGCUAUUUUGUCUUCAGCAAGCAGGGCAAGCAUUUGGAAAGUAUGCGUCUUCCUCUUGUGUCUGAUAAGAAUAUGAAUGCAGUAAAGAGUCCUAUUUUUACUCCGUCAAGUGGGCGCCAUGAGCAUGGCCUCUUGAACCUUUACCAUGCUAUGGAAGGCAUCAACCAUCUUCAUCUUCUCGUGGUCAAGGAAUAUGAAAUGCCACUUUAUCGCAAAUAUUGGCCCAACCAUAUCAUGCUGGUUUUGCCAGGCAUGUUCAACAAUGCUGGAGUCGGUGCUGCCAGAUUCCUUAUUAAGGAGCUUUCUUAUCAUAACUUAGAACUGGAGAGAAAUCGGCUGGAGGAACUAGGAGUCAAGCGUCAAUGUGUCUGGCCAUUUAUUGUUGUCAUGGAUGAUUCUUGUGUUUUAUGGAACAGUCAUGGUGUUCAAGAACAGUCCAGCGAGUCCAUGGAUCAAGGUUCGACCAGUAAAAAUGUGUCUCUGAAGACUGUUCUGCAGCACAUUGAAGCCACACCAAAAAUUGUCCAUUAUGCAAUUUUGGGCAUUCAGAAAUGGAACAGCAGGCUAAAUUCCAGACCACCCAAAACUCCCUUUUCCAGGUGCCACAUCCAUGACUUCAUAAUGCUCAACAUAGAUCUGACCCAAAAUGUGCAAUAUGACCUAAACAGGUAUUUCUGUGAAGAUGUAGAUUUUAACCUGAGAACAAACAGUAGUGGCCUGCUUAUCUGUUGCUUUAACAACUUCAGCCUCAUGAAAAAACACAUCCAGGUUGGAGGUCAAAAGGACUUUGAUAUUAAGCCUAAAAUCAUGAUAUCAGAGUCCUUGACUCCAAUAAUGCCUCUUCAGUAUGUCUGUGCUCCAGACAGUGAGCAUACACUCUUGGCAGCUCCUGCUCAGUUUCUCUUAGAGAAGUUCCUUCAACAUGCUACAUACAAACUAUUCCCAAAGGCUAUCCAUAAUUUCAAGAACCCCAUUUUGGCAGUUGACUGCUAUCUGAACAUUGGACCUCAGGUAGCUCUUUGCUAUGUCAGUUCACGGCCUCAUUCUGUUAAUGUCAACUGUGAAGGCGUGCUUUUCAGUGGACUUCUCUUGUAUCUUUGUGACUCAUUCGUAGGAGCAGAUUUUCUGAAGAAGUUCAAGUUCCUGAAAGGUGCAACUCUCUGUGUGAUCUGCCAAGAUAGGAGCUCCUUGCGUCAAACUAUAGUUCGUUUAGAGCUGGAAGAUGCGUGGCAGUUUCGUCUGAGAGAUGAAUUUCAAACUGCUAACAGUAGUGAAGAUAAGCCCCUGUAUUUUCUUACCGGACGUCAUAUAUAAGCUUGAGAAAAUAUGAAAGGAAAAGAACUAGCAAGACUGGUCAUGUUUUUUCCCCUUCUUUUCAUUUAAAGUACAAUCACUGUGGAGUAAAGUGCAACCAAUACCUGCGUUCACUACGCAAAGGAUAUCCCAAAUUUCUAGCUCAGUCCCUACAUGCUUAUCUGUUCUGCGACUGAAGGAGUAUUGACUCAAGUUAAUUCUUUACGGGUCACCAUUGCAGAAGCUAAGGUAAUGCCAUCCCUGCUGUGACCCUGGAUAUGGAGAACAGCAUUUUAGUAGGUGUUCACUUAAUCCCUUUUGUGCUACGCUAAAGAGGGGAAAUUAAAUUGACUUUCAGCCUCUGACAACUUGAAAGUGUUACACAAGAUUUACACAAAGAACGUGGAAUCAUUUGAAGAUAAUAUGUUGAGGAACGCGGUCUGUUUCUCUUCAUAUCUGUACUUUUGGUACGGUAUACUCAGGGGUUUGAAACUGCAAAGUAACAUAGAUAUUUGUGUUUAAAAGAGUAAUCUUUGUUCACUUUCUGUGCAGUGUUAGCUUAAGGUUUGUAAUUUUAUAUGUAUUGGAACAGUUCUGGCAAAAUUUCCACAAAUUUUAAAAGUUUACUACAUAAGCCUGAACAAACCAAUGAAUGUAUGGCAGGCAUUGUAUGCAGAUGCAAGUUUGUUUGACAACUGUUAUUCCACUCUUCGGGGUACCUGUUGGUGUGAAUCCAGGGAUUUAGACAUUGACAGAGGAGAUCACCUCAACAGGACAUAAUUUUCCCCUCCCCUCACCCCAGCAGUUAUGUAUGGAAGAGGAUCCAGAAAGAUAAGCUGCAUGCAGAAACAUGUUUCUGCACAUGGAUCAUCCUUGAUUGUAGUUUGAAAAGCAUCUGGUCAGCCAGCUCAAGUGUAUGCAUAUUGUCUGCUCAGUGCAACAAAACUACAUGAAAGUUACUUCUGUCCUUAGCGCUCUCUGAUAUUAUUUCAAAAUGACUAAGCAACUUGUAGCUCUCUUCCUGUCCAUCCCUUCCCCCUUUGUUUUCCCAUGGUCAUCUUACUUGCUUGAACUUUCUGUAGUCCUUGGGAGGAAGAAGGCUGGUUUUAUUCUUUUACCUGGAAUAUUUUGAGCAGAGAUUGGACUCAAUGGCCUUAAGACUCCCCCUUCCACCUUCAUUUUUCUAUGAUAUAUAAUUCCACAAAUAAUAAACAGUCAAUUAAACAGUAAUAAUGGGUUCAAUACAUCAUGACAUAGUUAUGGCUGAAGCAAGCCAGAAGCUAAAAAAUCACUUUCAACUGAGCUGGGACCAACAACAGAAACUGUGUUCUCUUAAAUAAAGGUCUUAAAACACACUUGGAAAUGUUGGCCAGUAUAUUGUGAAUACUUAGGACUACAAUCCUAUUGAGGGAAUGCUGAAAGGAGGGGCACUCUCAUAAGCAUCCUGUCCAGGAGAUUGCCUCCACACACCUAAUCUUACACUGGCUGUGAGGUUAGUCACACGUCAGAGGGUGCAAGCCAUAGUGUACUUGCCCUUACGUGCUCAGUCUUUCUCAGAAGGCUUCUGGCCUUAAGCUGGAUCUGUGUGCAGAGUGGGCUCUUAAUAGCUUCUUUCAACAAGGUAGCCUUGUUAGUCUCUUUUAGCAUGCAUAUGGAAACAAACAAACAAACAGAAGUCUUCUAGAUAAAUGACAGACUAGCACAUGUAUUUUAGUGUGAUAUUCUGUGGAUUACCACCCAUUUCUACAGACAUGUGGAGUAUAAUACUUAGGUCACAGUAUCAUUCCUCUUGUAAUCUUACAGUGGGAAGUCUGUGCCUACAGACAGCACCCCUCCCCAAGUUUACAAAUUACUCACCCACAACAUAGAUACAGAGGAACAAGAGCCUGAUAUAAACCUAGGCCCCAGCCAUGUCACCAACAGCAAAUAGGGCCUAUGUACAUAUUCAGUUUCUAAUGUGUUAUGUAUCAGGAGCCUUAUGGUGCUGUGGUUAAACUGGAGUACUGCAGCCAAGACUCUGCUCAUGAUUUGAAAUACUGUACAUCUCAUGUAGCCAGCUGAAGGCUGUCUCAACCUUUGAUUCAUCUGAACUCAAUAAAUUGAGUACCCAACUUGCUGGGUGAAGCGGGGGCAAUGUGUAGCCUGCAUAAUUCAUUGUAAACUGCCCAGAGAGUGCCUUAAAGCACUAUGGGGUGGUUUAUAAGCAACACACUUUUCUUUACAGCCAGCAGUGCCCCUCUGCAUUUUACGUAGAGCAGAUAGGACAUUCUCUGUACAAAAUAAAAGGCCAUAAACCUGACAUCAGAAAUGGUAAUAUACAGAAGUCAAUGCUAAAACACUUCAACUUUUCAAACAAAAAAGGAUUUUAUCUCAA